GAAUUGAAUUAAUUAUCGAUGCAGGAAAGGCAAAAUAGGCGCUACGAUAAUUGAUGCAAAAUUAUUACCAAUGUAACGUUUGAAGCAGGAGCUUAAAAAGAACGAGGUUUCAUAUAGUUAAGUAAAGCAGGAGCUUAAAAAGAGCGAGGUUUCAUAUAGUUAAGUAAAGCAGGAGCUUAAAAAGAGCGAGGUUUCAUAUAGUUAAGUAACUGAAAUAUUAUCCCCUUGAAAGUAACGUUUGAAUGCAUUCGGAAAAACUGUGUCAUUGUUAACAUAAAAUAACAAUAUUAGUAUUGGAUUGCAUUGUAUUUAUCGGUGGACUGAUAACUGAUGAACAUGACGGCUGUGGACUUGGACCAGGAAGAGGACAUAAACGUGGACUCGGACAGCAGGCCAUGCAGUCCACCGCUACUCCAGAAACCCCGGAUCAGUUUCAGCAUUUCGGCUCUGCUCGGCGAUGCUAAAAAAUCCGUAAAAUCAAUUCGCGCGAAAACAAACAAAACAAAACCCAGGGAGGACCAAGCGUCUCACAAAGAUUAUAACCACUCAGACUAUAAUGAUGAUGGUCAAUCAUUACGAUCCGAGGACGAGCACAGUGAUGAUGGUCAUGGUCAGGACGAUGAUGAUGGUCAUGUGGACGAGGAUGACUCAUAUGAGGAAUAUUAUGAGGGGUUGAGAAGAGGGGAAAUAUCAGUACAACCCAGCAGCUAUUUUCCCCACUUGAACCCCACGUUCACAAGUCUCGCAAGCACCUUACAUGCUUCAGGGAUGCCACUAUCCUUCAAUCCUCACACAGUCCUGAGGGUACCGGCACAGAGACCCCCUCUAGGAUACCCUCAGCUGGGGCCCUUGGCAGUAGGGGCCCCAUGGUUGCCCUCAGGUCUCCCUCUGUCACCGCUGGACCGAGGCACUGCGGUUCUCGCGCCGCAUUUCCCUUCCCUUGAGAGGCUUGCAGGCGGGGCGCCGUUCCCCCUGACGCGUCGCAUCGGCCACCCGUACCAGUCCCGCACGCCCCCCAAGCGCAAGAAGCCCCGAACCUCCUUCACCAGAGUCCAGGUCAACGAGCUGGAGAAGCGCUUCAACAAACAGAAAUAUUUGGCCAGCAGCGAGAGAGCGACUCUGGCCAAGCAACUCAAGAUGACGGACGCGCAGGUCAAGACUUGGUUCCAGAACAGACGGACUAAGUGGAGACGCCAGGACGCAGAGGAGCGUGAGACUGAUCGUCAGGGCCAAAAUCGUCUCCUGCUGGGAAGUGCCCUACCGCCUUCUGGUGCAGGCUCUACCCCCAACGGUAGCGGAUCUUUGGGAUCUGCUUCGCCUCCUGCCACCUCCCUUGGAGUUGGUAGACCUGGUUCUCCUUUAGACGGCCUAAAGGUAUCGCCUUCACACAUUCAACUGCAGCAUCAGCAGCAGCUGCAAAACCAGCAGCUGCAUCAACUACAGCAACAUCUGUCGCACUUGCCACCAACUAUUUACAGUAACGACCAGCGUAGGUCGCCCAGUCCAGCACAGCCCAUGACUCCGCCUUAAGAGGAUCUUCAACUUAGCAUUUUUGGUUGUUAUCGAGUCCUGGAUUUGAAUAUCAACAGGUUAUCAUGAGUGCAAGCUGUGGCUGAUAAUUAGCUGUGGCCAUACAACUGGAAUUAUUUGCCGACCGUGAUUUUUUCUUCUGCCAGGUUUCAACAGCUGGUGAUGGAUCUUGAAACAUGAACAAACCAUAUCAACAAUGUUACAGAUUAUAGAAGCAUUUGGAAUUUUUUUUUGAAUAAGUGAAUAAAAUUCUGAUCCCUCUCGGUAAUUAGGCAAUAAUAGAUUUGACUUUUGAAACAUAUGGUGUUUUUGAAAACAAAAUAUUUAGUGUAUUUGAAUUUUUCGUGACACUCCUGCCAGUCGCUCACUUGCAUCCAAGUCUCCUAUUUUGUCCGAACUUUUGAAAGUUCAUUUAAAAUGUAAAGGAAUCUAACCUCAAGUAAACGUCGGUAAUACUCUUCAAUCCCGUUCAUCUUCUAAAAAUCACUUACAUAACGAUUUUUCUGAAAAAAAUCAUCAUGCAGUCAUGUUAUGAAAGCGGAGAAGCCGAUGAUUAAAUUCAGGGUUACAGGCGAAACUCGACGCAUUGGAACGCGAGCCAGAACAAAGCAGCAUAUCAUGUUUACGCUCACGAGUAAAAUCUGUAGGAUUUCUUUAGUUUUUGUAAAAAAAUUGGUAUAAUAUUAUUAGAUGAAAU